GGUUUAAGGUCUUAUGUUUUAGUUUUUUGGAGCCAUAGACUUGGAUAGUUACAUGUGGUAUCAGAAUUAUUACUGCCCAAAGAGUGCGGCAGUGUGGCCAUCAGAAAAUUUUGGGUUCAACACCGAUGCUCUCUACAAAGCACUUUCAUUGUGAAACUAUAUGAUCCACUCUCAUCUCCUGGUUAACUAUUUGGAUCAUCACAUGUGAAAGAUUCAUGAGGAUGCAAAGUGCAUGUGUGGUUGAGAAUUUUGGUUGACUGGUUCAGUGGAGUUAUUAUUAUUCUUUUCCUUUUUGUGGAUAGACAAAGAAACUUUAUUUAUGGACGAGAGAAUAUACAAGGAGGAUAAGAAGUCCUGGAAAAAAAAGUUCUAGACCAACACACGAUGGGACCAGGGCAUGACCAUGCAGUCAACACUCUGCUAUACAACCUUCCUUCCAUUUUAGAGGAAGCUUUAUGCAGAUGAGGGAUGGGAGCUUUUAUGCUUUGUCAUUUUGUUUACUCUUAAAGUUAUCUGGAAGAAAAUUUAAGCCAGUGGUCUAAAUCGGAAUAUUAAAAGAAACAAAUGCCACAUAUCAGGAAAGGUGAUUCAGGUGAAAAUGUUGAUACAGAGUUCCCUUCCUACUUCAAUUGAAGCUGCUCUAUCUUUAGUUUCUGACCAUGGGAAACAAGACUUUUUAUGUGACUGGAUGCCUGGUACUGAAACUUGGCAGAACAGUCCAAACUGUGAUAUUCAUCCUCAGGCUGCCUGCAGGAAAGCUGCUGUAAUCCCUGGGGAAAAGAAGAUUGACGAUUCAUGUUCCUUAAAUGUUCCAAGAAAUAGUUCAGAGCUAGCUACCAGUACCAUGUCAGGCAGCUGUACGCUUAAUUUUGUAUAUCGGCGAAGAAAGCUUCAGAAGAGCUCUGUCACUAUAUUUUCUGCUCAGGCAUCUGCAAACACAAAGGCAAGUGGGCACUGUCUGUCUGCUGUCAGUUCUGAAGCCUCUCCAAUAGUGGCCCAGGAUGAACCAAAUGUAUUUCUCGUUGAACCUGAAAUUGAAGCUGUUGGAGCUCCUGUUAUGCCUACUAUAUGUAAUAUUGAUCCCUUGGUCUCAAAGUCAGAAUCUAUUGAUGGAUGUUCAGUUGGGGAACAGCAUGGGUCUGAUCAAGCCCUAAAAAAUAAUGUGCACAAGAACAGUGAGUUUCAGAGUGUAAAUGACAGUUGCUCAUCAUCAAAGUUCAAUGUGGAACUUGAUUCAACUUCCAUGAAGACUGAAGUAGAUGACACAGGUGAGUGCUCUUCUUCUGGUGUGUUGGCUAUGGAGGUAGCAAGGGAAGAUCUGUCAGAAAAGGAUAUAUGCAUCUCUAUUCUUAGAAGCCAGGGCUUACUAAAAAGAUUUUUGCCCAUCAGCACUAAUUUUUUUUCUGAAGAUGUUGGUAGUAGUGGUGAUGGUAGCUUCUCUCGGUCAUGCAAAGUUUGUCGUAAUUCAGAAAUUACACUGAAUAUGCUCAUCUGUGAUCAUUGUGAAGAUGCAUACCAUGUGCCUUGCUGCAAUCCUCGUAUAAAGGAGAUGCCAGUUGAUGAGUGGUUGUGUCACUCUUGUGUGAAAAAGAAACAUAAAAUAUUAAGGGAGAAAACUACCGGAAAAUUGCCGAAUACUAGCAGUGAACCAGUACGCUGCAAAAGUGCAACAUCUAGAGGUGAAUUAGGAUCAAUAGCUCUCAUGUUAAAAGAUGCAGUGCCGUACACAACUGGGGUUCGAAUUGGUAAAGCUUUCCAAGCUGAAGUUCCCAACUGGUCUGGUCCUAUUACCAAUGAUGCUCAGUGUGUUAGUGAACCAACAGAAAUGGAUCUUUCAGAGCUUGUUAGUUUGCAAAAUUUGAACUCCAAAAAACCUGCGAGACUCAGCUCCAUAGGUAAUUGGCUUCAAUGUAGGGAAGUUAUAGAAGGCAUUGGUGAUGGUGUUGAUGGAACUGUCUGCGGGAAGUGGCGCAGGGCACCACUUUUUGAAGUUCAAACUGAUGAUUGGGAAUGUUUCCGCUCUGUACUUUGGGAUCCAACCCAUGCUGAUUGUGCCGUGCCUCAGGAGCUGGAUACAGAACAGGUUCACAAGCAACUGAAGUAUAUAGAGAUGCUGAGACCCAGACUAGCUGCUAAAAAGCAAAAAUUGGAUGGCACCAGAAGCAACAGUUCACAAGGCCCCUGUCCAGGAUGAGAGAUGCUAACUGAAACAUGAUGGGGCUGCUUUGAUGAUUUUGGUUUAGUGUUGAUCAAAUUGUGCUGUCAUGUAAUCUUGUACAUCUAAAUCAUACAAGUAAAGAAGAAAAAAAAAAAAGUAUGUUUGUUUGUAUUACUUUACAAACAUAUUCCAGGGAGAUGAGUGUUGCCAGAUGUAACCAUUACUGAUGAGAGGAUCACGAUAUACAAAAUACUAGUUGAAACCCUC